GGAACCGGAAAUGAUACACAGAUCUCAGAAUUUCUUCUUCUGGGAUUCUCAGUGGAACCAGAAUUGCAGCCCAUCCUAUUUGGGGUGUUCCUGAUCAUGUACUUGGUCACCGUGCUUGUAAACCUAUCCAUCAUUUUGGCCACAGUCUCAGAUUCCCACCUCCACAUCCCCAUGUAUUUCUUCCUCUCCAACCUGUCCUUUGUGGACAUCUGUUUUGUUUCUACCACUGUCCCAAAGAUGCUGAUGAAUAUGCAGACACAGAGCAAAGUCAUGUCCUACGCAGGCUGCAUCACCCAGAUGUACUUUUUCAUACUCUAUGUAGGGUUGGACAGCUUCCUCCUGACGGUGAUGGCCUAUGACCGGUUUGUGGCCAUCUGUCACCCCCUGCACUACAUGGUCAUCAUGAACCCCAAGCUCUGUGGACUGCUGGUUCUGACAUCCUGGAUCAUGAGUGCUGUGAAUGCCUUGUUACAAAAUUUAAUGGUGUCACAGCUGACCUUCUGUACAGAGUUGGAAAUCCCUCACUUUUUCUGUGAACUUAAUAACAUAAUCCACCUGGCCUGUUCUGACACCUUUUUUAUUGACAUGGUGAUGUAUUUUUCAGCUAUACUGCUGGGUGGUGGUUCCCUGAUUGGGAUCCUUUAUUCUUACUCUAAAAUAGUUUCCUCUAUAUGUGCCAUCUCCUCAGCUCAGGGGAAGUAUAAAGCAUUUUCUACCUGCUCAUCUCACCUCUCAGUUGUAUGCUUAUUUUAUUGCACAAUUUUAGGAGUAUACCUCAGUUCUGCUGCUACCCACAACUCACACUCCAGUACAACAGCCUCAGUGAUGUACACGGUAGUCACCCCCAUGCUGAACCCCUUCAUCUACAGUCUGAGGAAUAAAGACAUAAAGAGGGCUCUGAAAAAGAUUCUUUGA